GGCCGAAGUAAUUGAAAGGAGGAUGCGAUAGGUGACCCAAAAACGGAAGGCCGAGCCCAACCCAAACCUUACCAGACGUAACGACAAUGCUCAAACUGUUUCAACAAUAACUAAAUUUUAAAAUAAUUUACCUAUGUACUUUUAAGUACAAACUAUUUAGGCCUGUUGCCUUCAAAUCAGGAAAAGUGUAACGGCGUGAACAUGCAUUGCAUCGGGUUUUAGCACACGUUUGCCGGCCUUCGCUCCGUUUGAUCCGCGAUUGCCUGAGAAACGUCGGCGAGGAAGUAAUCAUGGCUUGUCGGGUGCUGGGAGUUUUCCGUAAUUUUCCUCAUCGGUUAUCGGCCUUGGGGACGACGCCGGUUAGGGAUUUUUCACUAACCACCAUGAACAGUUUAAAGCAUAUAACGUACACUGUCAAGGAUGGUGUGGCGGUGGUUCGCAUCAACUCGCCGGACUCAAGGGUGAAUUCACUGAAUGCCGAAGUGAUGGAGGACAUGGAUGCUGUCCUGAAGGACUUUGAAAACAACCAUAGCGUCACAAGUGCAGUGCUUAUUUCUUCAAAGCCUGGUUGCUUCAUCGCCGGAGCGGACAUUACAAUGCUGGACAAGGUGACGUCCGUUUCCCACGCAUCCGAACUCUCGCACGAGGGACAGAAGAUGGUGCAGAAGCUGGCGGAUAGCCCCAAGCCCAUCGUGGCGGCCAUUAUGGGGUCCUGCCUAGGUGGAGGUCUUGAGGUGGCCAUGGCCUGUCACUACAGGAUAGCCGUCAAGGAGCGCAAGACCGUCCUCGGUCUCCCGGAGGUCAUGCUCGGCAUACUCCCCGGUGCCGGCGGAACCCAGCGCCUUCCCAAGCUCAUCCAACUUCCGACUGCGCUCGACAUGAUGCUGACUGGACGGAAUAUUCGCGCCGAUCAAGCCAAGAAGAUGGGUCUUGUGGAUCAGACCGUGGAACUGCUUGGCCCAGGACUGAAACCAAUGGAAGACCGGAUGAUCGAAUACCUCGAAGAAGUUGCAGUCGAAGCUGCUAAGGGCCUUGCAUCGAACACCCUCACACCAAAUCGAACAAGGCCACUGAUGGAGCGGCUGAUGAACAAGGCACUCUCGUACGAAUAUGCCAGGAACUAUGUGUUCGAGAAGGCAAAAGGACAGGUCAUGAAAAUGACCCAGGGACUAUACCCAGCACCCCUCAAGAUCCUCGAGGUUGUGAGGACCGGCAUCGAGAAGGGCCCCCAGGCCGGCUACAAGGCCGAGCACGAAGGUUUCGGAGAGCUCGUGAUGACUCCUCAGAGCAAGGCCCUCAUCGGGCUGUACUUUGGACAAGUCACGUGCAAGAAGAAUCGGUUUGGAGAGCCCAAGAACAAAGUCAAGACAGUGGGAGUCCUUGGGGCUGGCCUGAUGGGUGCUGGCAUUGCCCACGUCUCAGUGGACAAGGGCUACAAUGUCCUUCUCAAGGACACGAACCAGAAAGGUCUUGGUCGCGGGGAGCAGCAAAUCCAGAAGGGACUGAGCGACGCAGUCAAGAAGAAGCGCUUGUCAGCGAUCGAGAAAGACCGCUUCAUGUCUGCCUUGGAGCCGACGCUGAAGUAUGACCGCUUCAGCCAGGCGGACAUCGUCAUUGAGGCCGUCUUCGAAGACAUCGGCAUCAAGCACGCCGUGCUCAAGGAGGUGGAGCAGCACAUUCCACCGCACUGCGUCUUUGCGUCCAACACGUCUGCCCUCCCCAUUGCCAAGAUCGCCGAGGCGAGCAAAAGGCCCGAGAAGGUGGUGGGUAUGCACUACUUCUCGCCGGUGGACAAGAUGCAGCUGCUGGAGGUGAUCACGACGGACAAGACGUCCCAGGACACGGCGGCCACGGCCGUGGAAGUGGGCCUGAAGCAGGGCAAGGUGGUGAUCACCGUCAAGGAUGCACCGGGCUUCUACACCACCCGCAUCCUGUCGGCCAUGAUGGCCGAGGCCCUCAGGGUACUACAGGAAGGCACCACCGUCAAGGAACUAGACUCCCUGACCAAGAAGUUUGGCUUCCCCGUGGGUGCCGCGACGCUCAUGGACGAAGUCGGCAUCGACGUGGCGUCGCACAUCGCCGCGUUCCUCAACAAGGAAUUCGGCGCCAGAUUCCAGGGCGGCAAUCCCGCCAUUCUGCACGACCUGGUGGCUGCUGGAUUCCACGGCCGCAAGUCCGGCAAGGGCUGCUAUUUGUACACCCCCGGGGUAAAAGACCGUCCGACCAACACCGAGGCCGAGAACCUGCUCAAGAAGUACAGGACGCCAAAGAAGUUGGAGAACACUGUGGAGGAGCUGCAGAUGCGGCUAGCGGGCCGCUUUGUGAACGAGGCCAUUCUCUGCCUACAGGAAGGCGUCCUGGCCAACCCCGUCGAGGGGGACAUUGGCGCCGUGUUUGGUUUGGGAUUUCCGCCGUUCUUGGGCGGCCCUUUCCACUACGUCGACACCUACGGAGCAGACCGGCUGGUCCAAUGGCUGGACAAGUUUGCCCAGGCAUACGGGCCGGAGUUCGAGCCCUGCCAGCUGCUGAGGGACCACGCAAACGACACCGCCAAGAAAUUCCACGCCAGGAAUAAGUAGUUUUCCCGCCUGCACUGCCUGUCCACAUUGUUUUUGUUGGGGGGCUUUUGCUAGUUGUUUAGUUGGUUUUUGGAUUUAACUGUAAAUAGUCACAAUCGUCUCUUCUAUUCGACCAAUGCUGCACGCCGUCUGCCGCGGGGAACAGUAUUUUUGACGGGGGAGGGGAAGGGAGGCGAGGGGGGGUGGGGGUGAAUCGGCGUUUUUUUUUACAGUCGAUAGUCAAUAAAGCUGACGGCUCUCCUUUGA